AUGACGCAGUCGCUGAGUUCGGUGGAGAAACUGGAGAAGCUGGUCAAGGCGUGUCUGCUGAAGCGGUGGAACUGGCCAUUGUUUGUCAAGUUUUGUGGCCAGUUGCAAGAGACAUGUGAUUUCGAGUCGUCCGACGACUCUGGUCGGGGUCUGUUUUCUGCUGCUGUCGACACGGGGCCCUUGGAUCCUCUUUUUCUCGAGUAUAUUUGUGCACUGGCCUCGGAUCCAAAGAGUCUGCUGCCUCUGCCAAGUUUGAUUCAGUAUCUGGAAAAAUCGAGUCUUAAUAGCAGGGCUAAGAGCGAUGUGCUGAUAUUUAUUGCCAAGUCGGUAGGUUCGUGGAAUAAUCUGGGGCUGUCGUCGAUAAUGGGUCAAUUGGGCUCGGUACUGGCUCAUUAUAUGAUCAGUUUGUCCAAUGCCCCGGAGAAACAGCAAUUGCUCGAGUUUAAAGCACUGGCGUAUUUUCUUGUAAAACUGGCAGAAUCGGGUCAUGUUACUAGCUCGCUACUAGUGGGUCAAGUGAGCAGUGAUGCUGGGUCUGAUAAAACAGGGUUUAGCCAGUUUCAAGUGUCGUUAAAAAGAGUUUAUGGCAAAAAACUUAUUGGUAAAAGUGACCCUUAUUUGGAACAGCUCGUGAAAAACUCGUUUAAAUCCAUUCUUGAUGAUCAAAGUAAUGUUGAUGGAGCUUCUGGGACCGACAGUCUGAGUUUGGCUUUAGGUGCUGCCACUGGGAUCAAUGGUACAGCAGUAGGUACUGGUUCUAUUAGCGGUUUGGGUGGUUCUAAUACGGCAAUCAAGAAUUCUAGAGCAUAUCGCAUUCUCUGGCUCGAGAGUCUGAUGUUGACGGUGUCGAAAAUCCAGGGAGCCACGUUUAUUCGCGAACUGAAUAUCUUUUUCGGUGGUCAAAACUCUUUGUCGAUAGUGAGCAAACUUAUAACAACAGCGUUCGACUGUCUGGCAGUGGCUUUACAACGUAAAGACUCGCCAAUGUAUGUCCCUCUCUGGAAGGGCUUUAUAGGCAAACGACUGCCUCUUAUCAUACGACGAUUACAGGGAAAUAACGACAAGAGCAGUAGUGGUAAUGGUGAUAGCGGCAGUGAUAGCAGUAGGGGAAAAGAUAAAGAUGGAUCUAGUAGUGCAAAUGACAGUACUGAUCCAUAUCCAUUUGAAUCAGCCAUCUGUCGACCAAUUGCCAUGCUCGAUCGUGGUACAGUGAACCUUCUGCGUGUAUAUGGAGGAGGAGACGUUUUGGACGAGAUGUUUUCGUCGUUUCCUUCGACAACCAGUGACAUUCGCCAUGAAUUCCUCAAAGCCUGUGUAGAUAUGGGCCUUAUUAAACCAGACUCAUUACAACAGACGUUAGGAGCAGAUGCUAAUGUCGUGGAAGACAAUACAAAACCGUCGUAUGGCCCAGCUCGGUCUAACUUCCUGCUUCGAAAAGAUGGCAUCACCCAAAUUAAUAUCAAUGAUCUGUUUAAUGUUGCAUUUACCGAGAACCCAGAGCAUGUGACUUUUGAAAAUAGCACUAUUCUAUGGUUGGUGCAGAGUUUUGACAAUAUCGAUGGGUAUCGCCAACAGCGAAUCGCCAGGGGUCUACUCAAGUUUGUAGAAGGAUGGGCCGAUGAUAGCACCGACAACGGCAAUCAAAACACCGCGUCGCUGAGUCGGCUGUGUCAAGCGUUAAGUCUGAAUACCGAUAUGCUGGAUAUCCUGUUCCUUCAUAUCACACCAGCAUCACUAAUAGUGCCACUAAUCAAGUUCCUCGAUCACUGGAAAGAGGACGAGGACGAAAACGAUUUCCAGGAAGUAUACUCGCAUCUGGGAAGCGUAAUUUUAUUUAUUGAGCUUGUUUAUGAGAGAUAUCCUCUGAACAAGGAUGAUCUAAUGACCAACAUAAAUGGGCAACACGCUAAAAAUGGAACAUCUCCUGCAAAUGAUAAUUCGGACGAUAGCAUGGCUGUUGAUGUAAACGGAAAGAGCGAUGAUCCAGAAACACAGAACUCGUUCUGGUUGAGCUGUGUUUUGGAUGGAGUGAGAGAUGCCAUUGUGGUUGACGACAUGUCAGAAGAUCGUAAAGUGUUGCUUGGAGGUUGGAUCUCUGCUCUGUACGAUUCUGGCGGUAUCAGCGAUGACCUGAUGCGUUUGUCUUCGAUCAAAGAGCUCACGCUUCUUGUACCAUCGAUCUUUCAGCAGUCAAUCGCUGCCUGUGCCGCUGAAAUUAUAGACCAAGACACCCUUCGAGGAGGCCUGGACUAUUUCCUACAACCAUUCCUGCUACCAACACUGUUAGCAGCUUUCAGAUAUUUGAGUGAUUGUUUGUGGUUGUCGUCAUCAGCAUCACAAGACCUGUCCCAUGUGCUUUUUGUGUUGGUAUUCUUGGUAUCCCCAUCAGGAUUAUCACCUGAAGCCACUAAUAUCCACAAAAUCAUUCUCACAAUCAUAUCCAGCGAGUUGAAAGCUUCACUAAUAGACUUAAAAAACCGUACUUCUAAAGAACACAAUACAAUCGACCAGUUGUUAAUAGCACUUGAACCACACGUCACUAGUACAGGCAAGUUUGCUCCUACCAUUCCAAGCACUAACAGUCUGGUCACAACUAUUAAAGAUACCAUCAACAUUCUCGUCGGAUGGAUCCAAGCAUUAGACCAAGGUCAUAUAAGUGGAGCACCUGGAUUUGUGUUAGGCUGUUUCUCGAUAUCUGUCGAUAUUCUGGGGUCACGUAAAUUACUGGAUCUGUUUUUGGACGAACUUGAUUUUGCUGAAGCACAGGGUUCUUUUGAGUAUGCUAUGGAUGUAAUCUCGGGCAUCGUCAUGAUAAUGGACACUCUAGGAGAACACGACCGGCGAAGAAAGUCCGACCAAAUCGACUCAUCCCUGUUGGAGCUGGUCGAGAGCAUUUCCGAUGAAUGUGUGACCCAGCAGCGUGUUCAGAAGAGACGUGAUCGUACCAAUGCCACCAAUGGCAGUUCUAGUGCUGUCAAUGGGACAUUAACGUCCACAACUGCUGCUGCCACCAACACUGAUCUUUUAAUUGGCAGCUUUCAAAAACUGAAAAAACGUAUCAGUUGUAUCCAGGCGUUCCGUGCUCAGCAAGAAAAAUCACAACCUGCUCUGACUGGCAACGACGAUAUUGACAACGAAGACGACAUUGCCGACGGACUCGCUGUAGACGCUCUGCUGGAAUCCGCCGUCAACCUCGACGGAAUCAAUAACGGCACCACCAGUAUUGGAAAUGGCAUCGCGAAUAUACAAUCAGGAGCGACCUCAGGAGGCGACGUACAACCUCUCACGGCCACCGAUGGUGCCAACAACGACGGAGCCAGCAACGACGCCAUCGACCCGAACGGCGACCUUGACACCGGCGCCCUCGAUGACAUGAAUCUCAUGGCCGACCUUGACAUGGGAAUGGGCAUGGGAAUGGGCGAAGACGAGCUGGCUCUCGGCGGCGGGCUCGACAUGUCUGGCUUCGACCCCGACGAGCAGCUCAUGCUCAUGGACUUGACUUAG